AUGGCCUCGCAUGUGCAAGUUUUCUCUCCUCACACCCUUCAGUCAAGUGCCUUCUGUAGCGUGAAGAAACUGAAAGUGGAGCCGAGUUCGAACUGGGAUAUGACUGGGUACGGCACACACAGCAAAGUCUACAGCCAGAGCAAGAACGUGCAGUCCUCCCAAGCAGCCGCCGCAGCAGCCGUCAACGCCUCCCUCCAGAUCCCCAAUCCAAGCAUCCCUUACGAACAGACCAUCAUCUUCCCAGCAAGCACGGGGCACAUCGUGGUGACAUCCGCCAACAGCACUUCUGGUGUGGUUGCAGUGUCUGGGCAAACACUGGGCGGGCCACACAACCUGAUGCGUCGCAGCACUGUGAGCCUUCUGGACACCUACCAAAAAUGUGGACUUAAACGCAAGAGUGAGGAGAUCGAGAACACAAGCAGCGUGCAGAUCAUUGAAGAGCAUCCACCAAUGAUUCAGAACAAUGCCAGUGGGGCCACUGUAGCCACUGCCACCACCUCCACGGCGACCUCCAAAAACAGUGGCUCCAACAGCGAAGGGGAUUACCAGCUGGUGCAACAUGAGGUGCUCUGUUCCAUGACCAACACGUACGAAGUGUUAGAGUUUCUUGGCCGUGGAACCUUUGGACAAGUAGUCAAAUGCUGGAAACGGGGCACUAAUGAGAUUGUGGCUAUCAAGAUCCUAAAGAACCAUCCUUCCUAUGCCCGGCAAGGCCAGAUUGAAGUGAGCAUCCUGGCUCGGCUGAGCACAGAAAGUGCGGAUGACUACAACUUUGUCCGCGCAUACGAGUGCUUCCAGCACAAGAAUCACACGUGCUUGGUCUUUGAAAUGUUGGAGCAGAACCUCUAUGAUUUUCUAAAACAAAACAAAUUCAGUCCCUUGCCCCUUAAGUACAUUCGACCAAUUCUCCAGCAGGUAGCAACUGCCCUAAUGAAGCUGAAAAGCCUGGGACUGAUUCAUGCUGAUCUCAAACCAGAGAACAUCAUGUUGGUAGACCCAUCCCGACAGCCAUAUAGGGUCAAGGUCAUAGACUUUGGUUCAGCUAGCCAUGUGUCUAAAGCUGUGUGUUCUACCUACCUUCAAUCCAGAUACUACAGAGCCCCUGAAAUCAUCCUCGGUUUACCGUUUUGUGAAGCAAUCGAUAUGUGGUCGUUGGGAUGUGUCAUUGCAGAGCUGUUCUUGGGCUGGCCGUUGUACCCCGGAGCUUCGGAAUAUGAUCAGAUUCGCUAUAUUUCACAGACGCAGGGCUUACCAGCAGAGUAUUUGUUAAGUGCAGGGACAAAGACUACAAGGUUUUUCAACAGGGAUACAGACUCACCAUAUCCUUUGUGGAGGCUGAAGACACCAGAUGAUCAUGAGGCAGAGACGGGGAUUAAGUCGAAGGAAGCAAGAAAGUAUAUUUUCAACUGUUUGGAUGAUAUGGCACAGGUGAACAUGACAACAGAUUUGGAAGGAAGUGAUAUGUUGGUGGAAAAGGCGGACCGGCGGGAGUUUAUAGAUCUGUUAAAGAAGAUGUUGACGAUAGAUGCAGAUAAGAGAAUAACACCCAUUGAAACUCUGAACCACCCCUUUGUCACCAUGACGCAUUUGCUUGAUUUCCCUCACAGCACACAUGUCAAGUCCUGCUUUCAGAACAUGGAGAUUUGCAAGCGGCGGGUGAAUAUGUAUGACACAGUGAACCAGAGCAAGACGCCAUUCAUCACCCACGUAGCCCCAAGCACAUCGACCAACUUGACCAUGACUUUUAACAACCAGCUGAACACAGUCCAUAACCAGACCACCAACCUGGCUCCCACCUCCUCCAGUGCCACUAUUUCCUUAGCCAACCCCGAGGUCUCCAUACUAAAUUACCAAUCUGCACUCUACCAGCCCUCAGCGGCAUCCAUGGCUGCGGUGGCCCAGCGGAGCAUGCCCUUGCAGACUGGAACAGCGCAGAUCUGUGCCCGGCCCGACCCCUUCCAGCAAGCUCUCAUCGUCUGCCCACCAGGCUUCCAAGGGUUACAAGCUUCCCCUUCGAAGCAUGCUGGGUAUUCAGUUCGGAUGGAGAACGCCGUUCCCAUUGUCACUCAGGCUCCUGGGGCUCAGCCUCUUCAGAUCCAGCCAGGACUCCUCGCACAGCAAGCGUGGCCCAGUGGCACUCAGCAGAUCCUGCUCCCUCCUGCCUGGCAGCAGCUGACCGGGGUGGCCACCCACACUUCUGUCCAGCACGCGACCGUCAUCCCGGAGUCCAUGGCGGGAACCCAACCGUUGGCAGACUGGAGAAACACCCACGCUCACGGCAGCCAUUAUAACCCCAUCAUGCAGCAGCCCGCGCUGUUAGCUAGCCAUGUGACUCUCCCCGCAGCCCAGCCCGUCAACGUGGGUGUCGCUCACGUCAUGCGCCAGCCGCCCGCCGCCGCCACCUCCGCCAGGAAGAGUAAGCAGCACCAGUCGGCGCCCCGAAAUGCAUCCACCUAUGAAGUUUCAUCCUCUCAAUCCAUCAGCUCGCCUCAGCGGUCGAAACGAGUGAAGGAAAACACGCCUCCCCGCUGUGCCAUGGUGCACAACAGCCCUGCCUGCAGCACCUCCGUCACGUGCGGCUGGGGCGAUGUGGCAACCAGCACCACGAGGGAGCGGCAGCGGCAGACGAUAAUCAUUCCCGACACCCCUAGCCCCGCCGUGAGUGUCAUCACUAUCAGCAGCGACACAGAUGAAGAGGAGGAGCAGAAACAUGCACCCACCAGCACCUUGUCCAAGCAAAGGAAGAACGUCAUCAGCUGUGUCACCGUGCAUGACUCCCCCUACUCCGAUUCCUCCAGCAACAACAGUCCUUACGCCGUGCAGCAUCGUGCAGGGCAGAAUAACGGGAACACCUACGACACCAAAGGGGUUCCAGAGACUCACUGCAGUGGGAACCCCCGAACGAUCAUCGUGCCACCACUGAAAACCCAGGCCAGUGAGGUGUUGGUAGAGUGCGAUAGCCUGGCACCAGUCACCACCAGUCACCACUCAUCCUCCUACAAGUCCAAGUCCUCCAGCACCGUGACCUCCACCAGCGGUCACUCUUCAGGGAGCUCGUCUGGAGCCGUUGCCUAUAGGCAGCAGCGACCAGGAGCACAUUUCCAGCAGCAGCAGCCUCUUAAUCUAAGUCAGGCCCAGCAGCACAUCGCGACCGAUCGCACAGGGAGUCACCGGAGACAGCAAGCCUACAUCACUCCAACGAUAGCUCAGGCCAGCAUCGUCCACCAGGUCCCUGUCAGCAUGGGCCCGCGGGUUCUGCCCUCACCCACCAUCCACCCGAGUCAGUACCAGGCUCAGUUUGCCCAUCAGACCUAUAUCAGUGCUUCUCCAGCCUCCACAGUCUACACUGGAUACCCACUGAGCCCCACCAAGGUCAACCAGUACCCUUACAUCUAAACACUGGAAUAAGGAGCGAGAGACGCACCCGUCCCGGGGGAGUGAGGCGGCCGCUUUUGUACUGAAGAACAUGGCAAACUAACAAUGCAAUGGGAGGCUCGCGUGAAACUUGAACGAAGGAGACUUUAAGGAAGAAACGAGAAAGAGGAAAGAA